AUGAUAAUGGCGGAAAGUCAGGUUUGGUAGCUCGUAAGAAGUAACUUGUUUUAACGUUUAUAUUCCUCGGAAUGAUGUGAAGAGUUUAAAUAUUUAAAAAUCAGCAUAUUUAGAUGAUUAUAAAGAAUUUUAACUCGAGUAUUUCAAGAUGAGACCCUCACUCACUGCAAUUCUGUGCUUUUUGUUUGCCAGUUACAUUGCCCAUGCCAUUUACAGUAUUUAUAACAUGUACCAUGUGCAUCCCUGUCCACCAAAAGAGGACUGCCUAAAGCCAUCUUGGACCACGAAAACAAAGUUUCAGAUCUUUCUGUGUACUUCUCCUCAAUCCAUUGCUUAUUUUUCAUCUGAUUUGGUGUCAGUUUGGUCUAAUAAUAAUUUUGAUAUUUCACAAAACAAAGAAAUAGAAUUAAAUGUCACCUUGCCAUCAAAAACAUUGAAUAAUGGCAGUUUAUAUCUGCACGUGUACAUGAUUCCUCUUCAGACCACUAGGAAACUACUGGAUCUGAAUUCCAUAAUGAAUCAUGCCAAAAGCAUUCAUGGAACAGGAUCUCUGACAGAAUUUCAAAUUCAACAAGCAGAAGUGUUUAGUUUGUUGAAGAAGUCUGAAGAUGAGAAAAAAAAAUCGAAGAAGAAGAAGUCUCGAGUAAAGCCAAUUUCUCAUUGGAAAUCGCAUCUAACUCUUCACAUGAUGUCGGAACCCAUACCGCUUUUUUUGCGUUCGAUUCCAGGGGAGAUUGCUAAUUAUUUAAAAAUUACUGGAAAUAAGCAAUAUUGUCCAAUCAUUCACAUCAGCAAAUUGAGUUACAAAUUAAAGGAUCUAGUGCCUAUUAACAGUAGCCAAUCUGUGAUGCCUCUCACUAUUGCCUUCACUCCAAUUACUAUUGGGAGAUUGCGACUAAUGGUUAUUGUUGAACAUGCAAUGGAUUCAUUACUAAAAAUGGGUUUCACUGAUAAGGAUACCGACGAGAUUAAAGGAAUAUUUUUUGAUACUAGUAUCUACCUAUUACUUUUAACCAUAUUUGUUUCUGCUUUUCAUUUGCUUUUUGACUUCUUGGCAUUUAAAAACGACAUCAGUUUCUGGAGGAAGCGGACCAACAUGGUCGGUUUAUCUUACCGAACUCUCAUUUGGAGAUGCGUCAGUCAAGCUAUAGUGUUUUUAUAUCUUUUAGAUGAAGAAACUAGUUUGCUGGUUUUAAUUCCUAUGGGAAUUGCAGCUGUCAUUGAGUUAUGGAAAGUUACUAAAGCAUCAAAAAUGAAUAUUUCUUGGAUUGGAUGGAAACCAAAAAUAAGCUUUGGAAGUACGAGCAAUGAUGAAAAAGAAACUGCAAUGUAUGAUUCUCAAGUAAGUUAGUUUUUUUUUUAUUUAAGUGGGGAAAAACAUAUUUACUUUAGCUUAAAGAUAAAUAAAUAUUACUUGUUAGUUUAUAAAAAUAAAUUCUUAUAAUAACGAAAGCAUUGCGUAAGAUUCAAGUUUUCAUUUCUUUCAUUAGUGGUUAUUUUUAAUUCUGAGUAAGUAUAAUAUACAUUAUCAUGACCAUUGUGUACUCUGUGAACAGUAAUCCCCAGUAAAUGUAAACAAUUGUGUCCAAGAUGUGAUUUGAAACUAUGAAAUGAAUUAAAAAAAUAGUUUAAUGCACAGAGACAAUUCAUAAGUCUGUAGACACCCUGAAUGUCAGCAAACACAGGAUUCAAAAUUAACUUUGAAAAAUACAUUGCC